UGCGCGAGCACGAGCCACCGGCGGAAGUGCUGCGUUGCGCACUUCCGGGUGUUGUCUGGACGCCGCCGUCGCCGCGCAUCUCUAGUCUCCGCGCUGCCGCCUCCGCCUCCGUUCCCGGAGUCUGGAGCGACGUCAGCACCAUGGCCGGGAUCAAAGCUUUGAUUAGUUUGUCCUUUGGAGGAGCAAUCGGGCUGAUGUUUUUGAUGCUUGGAUGUGCCCUUCCAAUAUACAAUCAAUACUGGCCCCUCUUUGUCCUGUUUUUUUACGUCCUUUCACCUAUUCCGUACUGCAUAGCAAGAAGAUUAGUGGAUGACACAGACGCUAUGAGUAACGCCUGUAAGGAACUUGCCAUAUUUCUUACAACAGGCAUUGUGGUCUCAGCUUUUGGGCUCCCUAUUGUAUUUGCCAGAGCACAUCUGAUUGAGUGGGGAGCUUGUGCACUUGUUCUCACAGGAAACACAGUCAUAUUUGCAACUAUACUGGGCUUUUUCUUGGUCUUUGGAAGCAAUGAUGACUUCAGCUGGCAGCAGUGGUGAAAGGAAUUGCCGAACUCUUGUCAGUGGACUUCUUGUCAUUUAUCAGCCAUCUGUGCACACAGGAGGUGGGGCGGUAGCACUGAGGAAUAGUGAGCCUUUUGGGGGUAUUCUAGGUGCUCCCUUCUCACUUUUCUUGUAAGCAGACAGUUUUCACAGAGACUUGCUGAAGGAUUAAAAAGAUUUUUCACUUUUGGAAAAAAGCUUGACUGAUUUCACACUUACCUAUAGUAUGCUUUUUUUUUAAAUCAGUAUGUAAACAUUUUUUAAAUGUAGUAACCAUUUGCAUUGGUUAGGGAUUAGAUUUCUGCUGGCUAUGACUGGGCUAAAGUGUACAUCUUUUUAAAUUAUUUAACCUCCAUAAUUACAAAAAGUUAUAAAAAAUAAGUUUUCAGUCAGUCAGGAUACCAUCACUCCCAGUUUUAUGCAGACAUACAGGCUGUUGGCACACCUUAUAGACUAUAUACUCAAUGCAAAUAUAGCUGCAUUUAUACCUCAGAGGGGCCAAGUAUUAAUGCCCGUGCCCUCCAUAAGGGUUGCUGGUUUUGCCACUAAGCAGGUGUUUUGUGAAUUGAAAAUUAUUUUAUGGAAUUGCUACAAAGAAGUGCUUUGCUUCUCAAUUGUUAGAAGAAUCUGUUGUUAAAGGUAAGAAUGUAAAAACAGAUUUUUGAGAUGAUUUUUAUUUAUGUUUAUUAUAGUUAGAGUGAGUUGCAUUGUGGGAAGAAAUGACAUUGAAAUUCCAUUUUUUGAAUCCUCAUUCUAUUUGUAAGUGAAAUUUUUGAUCAUCUAUCAGUGUCUCCUGUUUUACCAUGGGUGAAGUGGUCACACAUGGAACUACUGAUAAGGGAAAGUUGUGUGUUUGCAUCAUAUAUACCAGAAAACUUUUCCCUGCUUCCUCCUUUUAAUUUAUGUUGUAUGUUGUGUAUAUCAAGUAAAAUAACUUUUCAGGUAUAGUUUAAUAACACUUUAAAGAAGAAGUGUUUAACUCACCUGGAAAGUAAUUGCUAUGCCCUACAUGCCGAGUGCUCCCUGCCCCACAAGGCCUUGGCAGGACAAGAAAGUGACUUGUUAGUCUUGCAAAUAAUUCAUGCAUUAACAAUUUAAGAUUUCAACCAUGGUAAUGGUAGUUUUUAUUCUCUAAGGUUAUGUCAUAGGUAAUUUAAAAUAUUUAAGACAAGUUUCAUGUGUACCUCUCAACUGUUUUAAUUUUACUUUAUCAUGAUAGAUCUGCUGUUUGCUUUUAAAUGGCAUUUAUUGUGUGAAUUAAUGCAAAGUAGCCAAAUCCAGCUGUAUAGCAACUUCUAGACACAGACGUGACCAAAAAAUUCCCAGUAUCCAGGCAUGAUCAAAUUGUAGUGGUCAUCUGUGUCUCACAAUUAUCAGUAUCCUUUCAGGAGCUAGUUAUGAAAAUGUUCAAUGAUGUCUGACAGUAUUUUGUUAAGGAUAUUUGUAUGUUUAUUUAGUAUAUUUACAUAAGAAUUGUGUUGCCUUCAGACAAAACUGAGUAAUCAUGACAGCUUUCUGUUGUUUUAUAAAGCUUAUUUCUUAAGAAAAUGAGACCAGAUUCUGCAUUUGUUGAGCUUUUUACUAAAGAUGCCGAAAGGCCCCAAGUUUUACUGCCGAACCAAGUUGUUACUUUUAGCUGUGAGAUGGGAAGCAGAAUGAAACACCUGUGUGUGGCUGUCCCACGUACACGUUAGGCUGAAAAUGGCUUGCAGGUUACAAUGCUGUAGACUUGAGAAAGGGACAGGUACACGGGAGGUGGCUGGUGAUAUAGAAGGGAACUCAGUGCCUAUGGCCUACUCUAUUUUGGGCAGUGGGGUGGGGAGGUGCCUUCUCUGGUCCUUCCUCCUUUUCAGUUCCAGAACGUCAGUGCGGUGCACUGCUACUGUUCAUUCACUUGGCCAUAGACUCUUUUUCUAACAGCUGCACAUUCUUUCUGUAUAUUAAUCACAUUGGCAGCAUUGUGUUCUUGACCUUGCACACUAGCUUGACAUAGUGCUGUCUCCAAUUUCUAGGUUACUUAGGGUAUGAAUUUUCUAUAGAAUGUGCACUGAUACUGCAUUGCCAUUCCUCUAUGGAAAGCAAACUUUUGAUGAUGAAACAAUAAAGACUUUAAAUAUCUAUGUUA